GACAAAUUUGAAACCCCAAAUUGGGAAAAAAAAGAAGAAAAAAACCCAUCAUUUCCUACCCCUCGCGACGACGAUGUCCGCGGAGAGACCGCUGCCCCCUUCCAUCGCCGCUCAGCUCAGCUACCUCCUCAACAACUCUCCUCUCCCUCUCAAGGUCGAUCAAAUCUGGUCAGGCUGCAGAAAUUCCCGCUACUCCGAUCGAUUCACUCUCUUGAUCCCCUUCUGCCUCGAUUACAUCAAGUGGGAUUUUAUGUAUAAUGAGAUGUAUCCCUCGGUGCCCCCCGACAUUGUGUUCUCGGCCGAAGACGAGGGUUUUAACCCGCUUCUCGAGAUUGCUGGGGGUGGGGAGAAGGGGGAGGAGAGGAAAAGUUGUCUGAGGAGUUGGAGCAGCAAAGAUCCUUCGAAGUUGCUUUCGCUCUUUCUUGAGAUUAGAGAGUUGUAUUUGGAGUACCACAGGAAGCGUGUGGGGGAAUUGGAUGAUGAGAGGUUGAAGUUUGAGACGGAUACCAUUUUAUCGAGGAAGGCAGAAGAAGUUAGGUUUGCUGUCCCAUUACUGGAUGAAAUUGACUUGAAUAAACUUGUUCCUGGGAGUCCUUGGAGACGUCAGCAAAAAUUUUUCUUACAGGUGGGCUUUCCUGUUAACCGAGGGUUUUCAGCUAGUGCUCCUACUCCACGAAUAAGAUUAGUCUCUUCUCCAGAUUUGAAAACUCUGAUGGCUACGGAAGAUAUCAAGCUUCCUUCAUGGGUAGCUGGGAUGUGCAUGGCCGAGUACUUACCUACUUUUGAAGACAACCUGAAGAUGCAGGUGGUGGAGGCGGUUGCUGCAAUUGGUGCAAGAAGACGAUUUAUUGAGGCUUUACUGCCUUUGUUUGGAAGGCCAGUAGAAGCUGAUUCGGUUUUUUGCAGGAAAGCAUCAGUUCUUGCUAGCUCUGGAGUUUUCACAUUUCUGGUUCAUUUUUCAAUUCCUACUCAGUUCCCCAGGUUGCAACCUACUUUGACGUUGCAAAGUUGCCAGAAUUGGACAAAUCAGGGUUUAGCCAUAGUCUCACCUCCUAUAAAUGACUACCCAUGGAGUCCCAGAUGGGAGGUACCAAAAAUGGCUGAGCGCAUAUUUGAAUUUUUAGUGGAUGAGUCGUUGGCUUUCAAGAAGCACUGUGCUGAUGCCUCUUCAGUAGCUCCAUCUUGAUGCUUUCCUCUAUGAUGGGAAUUAGGAUACGACGGACUCGGAACUUUUUGAAAGCAACGAUAUAGAAACUUCAGAUUUCUCCAUGGAUAGGGAGAACAAGGUUUAUGUACAGCAAUGUACGCUGACUAGUUGGUGGUUCAAUACCUAAACAGCAACUGGAUGCUGGGCUGUAAGUUGCAAAAUAGAAUCUUGGUUGUUGCCUGUUGGAUCGUCAUUUGUUGUAUCUAAACAAUGUUUGUAUUUGUUUUUUUGUCAUACAUGCGUUAUCUUAUUUAUAUCAGUUUUGCAUGUUAUCAAGUAUGGAUGAGUUUGGCUA